UUAGUGGGCUUGUAGACAGUCUUAUUAUACAGCAUUCAGCACCAUCAUGGCUGGAUACCAGUUUUAAAUCCCUUAUCUUAUAGAUUCUUUAGUUCUAAUACUGGUCCACAGUCACUUGCAACCAUUAAAUUAAUAUGAAAUAUUGGAACAUCUUCUUGUUAUUAUAGAUAAUAUAAGUAUAUUUUUAUCAGAAUGAUGUGGCAUGUUUGAAUCAUUCUGCAUUUUGCUAACGUUAUUGCAUUUAUUUCUCUUGUUAACACAUUGUUUUGUUUGAUAUGUUUCAUGGUCAGACUCGUUUUAUCACUGCAUGAGAAACCUGUUAUAGUCUGCUCUUAAUCUGACUAUUUUUGCACAUAGUUUGGUUGGGCAAUAUGUUUUUCCUCUACAUUAAAUCACAACUUCCCAUUAGGAGUAUAAUCAUCAUAUGCAAUUAUUAAUUCUAUUUUUACUUUUAAAUUAACAAAAUAACAGACAGAAUCCACAGGUGAUCACAUAAAAACAGUCACACUGAACUGUUGGACCAAUCACUUCACUUGCUCGCUGCCUGGAUGCCCUAAUAACAACACUGCAUUUAACCAUCUGGAAGAAAAGAGCCUCAGCAAACAAACAGGGGCUGUGCAGGUGCACUGUCCAAACAGAUGAUUUGCUGAGACAUCUUCAUUUUGUUCCACAAAACGCUGCCAGCUGUGAUUACAGCUCAGGAAGUGCCUUCUCAUAGUGAUUGAUACAGCUUGAGUGAGUUGCCUGCAGAGGACAAGUUCAUUACAGUCUCAGAAAUUGCCAACGGACCUCCUGCAGCACCAGUGUCAGGUAACAACUCUUGUGCGAUUAACUUCUGAAGCUUGCUGUGGUUUUCCUGCAAGCAAGUUCCGCAUAAUGACACUUAAGCAUGUCAGCGUCUGUGUGGUCGGACACACAAGUAUCCUCCAGACUGAACAGUGUCAGUUCUCAGCUUCAUCAUGGCUGGACGCCUGCUGUUUGUCAUCCUCAUGUAUUCCUUUCACAUGAUUCAAACACAAGCUCUUCCUCCACCUAAACUGACAGUGUAUCCACCGGUGAUCACAGAGACAGACUCCGUCACACUGAACUGUCAGACUCCAUCGUCUGUUUCUGUGUCUCAGUGUUAUUUCCACAUUGUGAGAGAAGGACCUGCCAAAAGCUUCUCCUGUCAGCAGACACUGACAGGAACUGAUCUGCUGAAGAUAACGCAUCAGAGAUCACCUGCUGAGGUUAAACUGACAUGUUUUUACCUUUCAACAUCUUCAUCACCAGAGAGUAACACGUCCUCCAUCAUCAUUCAAACUCUUCCUCCACCUACACUGACAGUGUAUCCACCGGUGAUCACAGAGACAGACUCCGUCACACUGAACUGUCAGACUCCAUCGUCUGUUUCUGUGUCUCAGUGUUAUUUCUACACUGUAAAUGGAGGAAAUGUCGGAGGCUUCUCUUGUAGAGAGCAGACACUGAGAGGAACUGAGCUGCUGUUGAUGACAAGUCAGAGUUCACCUGCUGAGGUUAAAGUGAAAUGUUAUUACACUGUAAAGAUUGGAGACUUAAAUCCUCCAUCUCCACACAGUGACACGUCCUCCAUCAUCAUACACAGUGGAAAACCACAGAUGAGUGUUCAGCAUUUUCCCGGUGACCACGUUCUCUUCACUUGCUCUCUGCCUGGAUCUGCUAAUCAUGAUACGAGAUGUAACCUGUACUUUGGAGAAACAAAUGAUCCAGUCGUAACAACAACUGUCUGGAAGCAAAGAAGCUCAACCAAUCAGUGGUUCUGCCAGUUUACUGUCACCAUUGAUCAUUUGCUGAAUCGAAUACGUCUGGUUAAACAAAGAAAAGCCAGCUGUGAUUACAGUUUGGGAAGUGAACCCAAGGCUUUGUCUCCUCAUAGUGAUGGAUACAGCUUGACUGAUAUUGUGGAAAACGAGUCGAGCGCAGCCCCCACACGAUCAGUAGCUCCUAUGAGCACAGAUUUGACACCUGGCGUUUCCACUUUUCUAACUCAUGUGGAAUCAGCUUCAGAUAUUGUGGAAGAAGAGUCACGCAUGACUCAGACUAUGCAGACAUUUACUACACCUACCACAGGUCUGACAGUUAGCAGGCAUCAUGCUUCCACUCCUGCAGCUGCUGCAAAACAAACAUCAGUAGAUCAGACACUUGAUGGGCCUGCCACUAAAGCCACUGUGUUCCCUGUAACCCCACUAAGCAAAAAAUCAGGAACAUCGAUAUUGAAGUUGGUGUUAGCUGCAACUGGUUUUGGAGUAGCUGUGGGUGUUAUCUUGCUGGGACUGGGACUCCUCUGCAACAAAAGAAGAACUGACAGAUUUUCUUUGAAGAGGACACAAGCCAAUAUCAAAGAUGACUAUGUGUACAUGAGAAAUCUUGACCAUGGAAGUUUGUUACCUGCAGGUAAUGAUGCAACCUACAGUGUGGCCACCUCAGUACCCGGUGCUGACCGUCCUGCUGGUUCUGAGAAGCUGAACAGGCAAGAGCCUCAAAAUGAGGAUUCCGCCAUAUACCAUGUGUACUCCACCAUCUCUGAGGAGCCACCACCAUCAGUCCUGAAAGACAUGGUGUACAGUACUCUACAGGCAUACUGAAAUGCAACUGAAACUACAAUGACAAGCAGAAACCUAAAGAGCUGUUUUUAAUCCAUGUGGAUUUUUCAAACUUGACUUUCACAAUGUACUUGCACUUGCCACAAGACUGUGUCCUGGGCACCCUCCUGUUUUUGUUUUAUAUUAAUGACAUGACACAAGUUAUUCGCUCCAAUAUGCAGACAAUUUAGCUAUUCUGAAUGAAACCGGAGAUAUUAGCUAAAGGUGGAGUGAGUCAUUUUGGAGAAAGACUGUUGAAGUCGCCACCUCUCCUUCUUCACAAUGUGAUUAAAUGUUAGCAGGCCAGAACUACCCUCUGGCUUUACAUCAUGACCCCUCUCCUUCUCCUUCCCCUUGUCCUGUGCACAACGCCACCUGAACGCCACCUGUUGCCGACUGACUGGAAUAGUGUUGCCUGGCUUCAAGCUACUUUGUUUGAUUGUGUUGCAACAGAAUCAUCCUACAUUUAAACAAUGGCUUUUGGAUAGUACCUAAAAGAAUUUGGAUGCUGCAAUGGUUUUAAUUCUACGACAUUUGCAUCUUGAACUAAUUCAUCCAACAGUAACUGUACUCUUUGUUGGAUGUUUAAACAAACCAAAAAGAAACAACUAUACUGAACACAUCUACAAACUGUUAAUUGCCAAUGCAAAUGUUCAUACUCAAUGUCUCUGCAAAAUGUACUGAAGUAUUGAAGUUGUUUUUUCUAAAGUAUUUGUUCCUGGCAACCAAAGCCUGAUUUAUGUUUUCACGGUUAUGUCGAGGCAACUCCAAGCACAUGGUUACCGUAAGGGAAAGAUUGGGAUUUUGAUUAUAUAUUUAAGAAGGUCAUGCGCCAGAAACAGCAACAGACAUCGUUUGAAAGUGGCUGUACCCCAGGACAGGAAUCAAGACCAAGAAAACAAACUCACAUUUCCUGAUCUCUGAUCAGUGCCAAUGCUGCUUUCAGGCAUGUGGUGAAAAACUGAUUGAAAAAGAAACCAAAAGGCAGAACUUGGCAUUUGAAUGUCAUUCCUCCAUAAGCAAAGCACAGAAACUGUCUGUGUUUUAGCAGAAUUGAUUGUUUUAGCAUCCUUUGACUCCGCUGUGGUGAAACUGUGCCCUGGUUGAACGGACUCCAUUACCUCUUGUAAAGUCAGUGUCCUGAACUUUCUCAACACUAUGCCGUGAUCAUGUGAACAUCGUCAUUUAUGUUACAACACCACCCUCUGCUGUGGGAAGGGAUGUUUCAUGAACAAGUGAGUGCUCCAGGUCUGAAUGUGGCUUGUGAGCAAGCUGCUCCUGUCGAACAGUUAAUUGGCUCGCAAGGGUCCUGCAAGAGUCGAGUUAAGUGAGGUGAAGUGCAAAUAGAAAUGACUGUGCGUGGCCUUCGGUAGCCUGCUGGGACACAGUCUUACUGGCCUUGACAGGAGUUUUUAAGAGAGGUUCUUCAGGAAGGUGUCAUGAGGAUGCAGUCUUCAUAAUGUUGUAAAGUGCACUGACCUAAAAGGAACAAAAUCUAACUCAUAAAUACAAAACAUAUGAAAUUGAUAUUUAAAAUGGAAAUCUAGAUAUUGCAUCCUAUAUCUAAAAAACAUUUUACAUUUUAGUAGGAGAUAAGAUGAGAUAAGAUGAGAUAAGAUAAGAUAAGAUAAGAUAAGAUAAAAUAACAUCAACUUUAUUAAUCCCCAGCUGGGGAAAUUUGUCAUUACAAGCAGCAUCAAUAAAAAUCAAUACGCAUCAAUAAAAAUAGCAAAUAGCAAAGGCAAUAGAAAAUAAAAAAUACACAAUACAAAAUAAGAGUUUGUAUAUAAUAAAAAUGGCAGCUCUGUUGGUUGGCCUUCAUACCGCAGUUUAAACUGAGUCCAACUGUCUAAUCUAAUGUGUGGAUUAUGUUGUUAUGAAUGAUAUGUUCCUUACUCCUUAAUACUUACUGUAUUUAAGUAUUUUAUCUUAAGUCUAACUUAAGCUGUUUGGCUUCAAUGUUAUCUUUAGUUAGUUAAAAAAAAACUACAAACAAUUCAAAAUGUAAUAUAUGUAAUAUAUGAAAUCUGAAUUAUUUAAGGUUGGGUUUUUGCUUUAUGUGGUGUAAAUACACCACUAGUCCUGCCACAAGUAAGACAAACAAUGACAAAAUUUAAAUGAUUGAAAGUUUUCUGAGCCAGUUGUAAAAUAGUGAUCUAAAAAUACAGGACCACAUGUACUGUGGCUUUAUAAACGUGUUGCUGUGGCCUGUCUGUCAGUUUAAUUGUCUUCUGAUGCUUGCUGUGGUUUUCCUGAGAACACGUUCUGCAGAAUGACGCCUCAGUGUGUCAGAGUCCACGUAGUCUCACACACUCUUGGACAUUCACAUUAUUCAGCUUCAUCAUGGCUGGACAGCUGCUGUUAGUCGUCCUCAUGUGUAAGUUGAGCCUCUUGUCACUUUCUUUCAUUAGAAAUGUAGGCAGUUACAGUGCAGGUACAUUGUUAGCUCAUCAUGUAUUUUAUCAUCAUGUUUUUAAAUGCACUUUUCUAUCAGAGUCGUACAGCAUUAAUUGAACUUAACUGUUUACUUCUUCAUUUGUUUCUCUUGUUCACACAUUUUUUCUCCAACAGAUUCCCUUUCUGAGAUUAAAACACAAGCUCUUCUUCCACCUAAACUGACAGUGAAUCCAUCGAUGAUCACAGAGACAGACUCCGUCACACUGAACUGUCAGACUCCAUCAUCUGUUUCUGUGUCUCAGUGUUAUUUCCGC